AUGGCAUGGCGCCGUGUGAACCACCCAUCCGAGAUUCUCACAAUCGGUGAGACCAUCAAGGUUCAGGUGAUCAAGAUCAACAAAGAAACCCACCGUAUCUCCCUCGGCAUGAAACAGCUGCAGGACGAUCCAUGGGAUGCUGUUGCUGCGAAAUACCCACUGGAUUCCGUCCACAAGGGUCGCGUCACCAACAUCACCGAUUACGGUGCAUUUGUUGAACUCGAAGCCGGCGUUGAAGGCCUCGUACACGUUUCUGAAAUGUCCUGGACAAAGAAGAACGUACACCCGGGCAAAAUCGUGUCUACUUCACAAGAAGUCGAAGUCAUGGUUCUGGAAAUCGACGGUUCCAAGCGUCGUGUAUCCCUUGGUCUGAAACAGACCAUGCGCAACCCAUGGGAAGUGUUCGCUGAGAACAACCCAGUUGGCACCGAAGUUGAAGGUGAAGUUAAGAACAUCACUGAAUUCGGUCUGUUCAUCGGUCUCGACAACGAAAUCGACGGCAUGGUUCACCUGUCAGAUCUGACAUGGGAAGGCCGUGGCGAAGAUGUGAUCGGCGACUACCGCAAAGGUGAAAUGGUUCAGGCCGUUGUAACCGAAGUGGACGUUGAAAAAGAACGCAUCUCUCUCUCCGUUAAAGCACUGGGCGGCGAUCCGUUCGCUGAAGUUGCUGACGGCGUGAAGCGCGGUUCUAUCAUCACUGUUGAAGUGACUGCGAUCGAAGAUGGCGGCGUGGAAGUUGACUAUGAAGGCAUGAAAUCCUUCAUCCGUCGUUCCGACCUGUCCCGUGACCGUGCCGAGCAGCGCCCAGAGCGCUUUCAGGUUGGUGACAAGCUUGACGUACGUGUAACCAACGUUGAUGCGAAAACCCGUCGUCUGGGUCUGUCCAUCAAAGCACGUGAGAUCGCUGAAGAGAAAGAAGCAGUGGAACAGUAUGGUUCUUCUGACUCUGGCGCGUCCCUGGGUGAUAUCCUUGGCGCAGCUCUGAAGUCUGACGACUGA